CUGAGGACAUAUAGACAGACAGACAGACAGACAGGCAGAGAGAUAGACAGGCAGUUCACCUUAAUGUUAACAGUUACUGGUUACAGCAGCGGAUGUAAACAGACAGACAGACCUUGAGAGAAAGACAGACAGAAAGACAUCAGUUUGACCAGUCGGUCUUCAACAAGACACCGACUGCACUGAGAACUGGACCCAAUCUGGAUUAAUUCAUUCAUCUAUCGUUGUUAUUGUUGUAGGCAACAAGAUGUUGUCAAAAAAGGAGGCGAAGAAUUCCUUCAGCAACGGGCCGCUGAGAGACCAAUGGGAGCAGAAAGCUCAGAGCAUGGCAGACCAGUGCAAACAGGAGGCCGAAUGGAAGAAGAAAAGUUCCUUCAAAGAAUCUUUCUCAAAGUGGAAUUAUCACUGGUCACUCGUUUCCAAUGGAGACUUUAAGAAGCUCACCAGCGGCGCAGAUGAAGCGGAAAACAACAAGCCGAAAAUCAAAUUCAAAGUCGUCCCCCCUCCUCCCAAACCCAAAUACAAGCCUGCUCCUCCUCCGCCUCCUCCCAAGAAAGCAGCUUCACCCAAAUUUCGCAGGGCAAAACGUAAAGUUGAAGUGGAUGUUUUUAGUCUGUGCUGGAAAGACUCCUGGAUGAGCAUGAAGCCUCCCAAAUAUCUUUACCUGAAGGCCAAAGAGACAAAAACCAGAAUCCCAGGGUUCACAACCAUAGAGCUGACAAACAACAAGGAGUACAAACCAAAGGAGUACGGAUCGAAGGCCGAAUGGGCAUAUCCUGCUGAUGAAUGGAGUGACUCCUGGAAACAGGUGAAGAGUCCUGCCCAAUUGGAGCGCUCUGAGGAGAAACAAUUCCAGUGGGAGAUUUUGUUUGAAAGAAAACGGCGUUGCAAAACUGAGAUAGACGUCUUUUCUCUUCCUGUCUGGGCCGGUACUUGGAAAUUCAUUAACUUUGCCUUCAGACAGCAAAAGAAGGACUGGGAUCGUAUCUGGCCUGAUUACCAACAAAACCUCAGCAACAAGUUUGACAAAGUACAACAACUAGAGGAGCAGGAGGAGCCCUCAGACUGUGAGGAUUCAUGGGAAAUGUCCAGUACUGAGUUUGAACCAAAAGACAUCGCAAACGACAAGACGCCAACUGCAAGCUCUGAAACCACAGAAAUGAUGAGGAUAAACAAUGUUUUCAUGCCCGGAUGGAGUGACUCCUGGCUGCGCUCUGCUGCUCCUCUGGAGGAAGAAGAAGAAUGGCACAAGAACUGGAGCUCCUGCUGGGGAUUCAUGCAGCAGACCAGGUGGUGCCAGGCUUCGCUGCAGUCUCAUCAUCAACACAGCGCCAUGCUGACUAAGAGACGUAAAGACACAAACCUCCUCCUCACAUCACAGCUGGAUGAUGAGAUCACAGAUAGCACAGAGUGGACGGAGGCCUGGAAGACUCCUAGAGGAUGGAUCAAACCAGAGGAGGACGAACUGGACGAGGUGAUGAGUGACACAGAAGAGGAGGAGGAUGAAGGAGUGGACAAUGAGGAGGAUAUGAAGAGGAGGAGGAUGAAAAAUCAGAUAAGGAGGACAAAGAUGAGGAACGAGACAAGGAGGACAAGGAAGAAGAAGCAGAGGAGGAGGACACAGAAGCAAUAG